UUGUAUUGGACGAUGUCCUUCGCCAUCCACUCUAAAAAAGAAGUCCGCAAAUCCAGCCCUUGAAACUUGAAGUUGAAACAGCUCUUGCGUCUUGGAACUGAAGUUUGAAGAGCACUUGCAAACGACUUCAACAGAGAGAAAGAGUGCGGCAAAUCUAGGGGGCAGCUGACGCCAAGAGAUAGUUGGUUUCAGGCAAGCCAUAAGCCUGGCGGGCUGCCUGGUUUAGAUAGUCGGAAGCGUACAGGCUGCCCCGUUGAGGGGCCAGUUCCUGGGGUGCAGCUGUAACCAUGGCGCUCUUCAUAUUGUACGAAUCAGCGUCCGGUUACGCCCUCUUCAAUGUGACUGCGCUGGACGAGAUUGGCCAGAAUGCUGCUGCAGUUCAGGACUCGGUGACUGAGCUCACGCGGUUCAGCAAAGUGGUGCACUUGGAGGCGUUUAAGCCCUUUGCAUCUGCGGCAGAUGCUCUCGAGCAGAUCAAUGCUGUCUCAGAAGGCAUCAUGACAUCGGACCUGCAAAACUUUUUGGAGAUGAACCUGCCCAAGGUGAAGCCUGGCAAGAAGGCCAAGUUCAGCCUGGGCGUGGGCGAGCCUAAGCUGGGGUCGUCCAUUUUUGAGGCCCUUAGCGUGCCGGUGCAGAGCAACGAGUUUGUGCUGGAGUUCAUCCGGGGGAUUAGGCUGCACUUUCAGCGCUUCGUCAAGGACCUCAAGGAGGGCGACAUUGAGAAGGCGCAGCUGGGGCUGUCUCACAGUUACUCGCGGUCCAAGGUCAAGUUCAACGUAAACCGUGUAGACAACAUGAUUAUCCAGAGCAUCUCCCUGCUGGACACGCUUGACAAGGACGUCAACACCUUCGUCAUGCGAGUCAGGGAGUGGUACUCAUGGCACUUCCCUGAGCUGGUGAAGAUUGUGAACGACAACUACCAGUACGCCAAGGUGGCCAAGUACAUCAAGGACAAGUCGCAGUUGUCGGACGACGCCGUCGAGUCGCUCACAGAGAUCAUUGGGGAUGAGGACAAGGCCAAGGAGGUCGUGGAGGCCGCCAAGGCGUCCAUGGGCCAGGACAUUUCCCCUGUGGACCUGAUCAACAUCGAGAACUUUGCGCAGCGCGUGAUCGAGCUGGUCGAGUACCGCAAGGAGCUGCACGCAUACCUCGUCUCCAAGAUGAACGACGUUGCGCCGAACCUGGCGGCGCUCAUCGGAGAGAUGGUCGGGGCGCGUCUCAUUUCGCACGCGGGGAGUCUGACCAACCUGGCCAAGUACCCGGCUUCCACUGUGCAGAUUCUGGGGGCGGAGAAGGCGCUCUUCAGAGCCUUGAAGACGAAGGGCAACACGCCGAAGUACGGGCUGAUCUUCCACUCGUCCUUCAUUGGGAGGGCGACCGCGCGCAACAAGGGCAGGAUAUCGCGGUAUCUUGCCAACAAGUGCUCCAUUGCCUCCAGGAUAGACUGCUUCCAAGAGGAGAGCACGUCGGCAUUUGGCGUCAAGUUGCGGGAACAGGUGGAGGAGCGGCUCGAGUUCUAUGACAAGGGCAUCGCGCCCCGUAAGAACAUUGACGUCAUGCACGCCGUCAUCAAGGAGCUGCACACGGCUAACGGGGACGCCGCUGAAGCAGGCACCUCGGAGAAGAAAAAGAAGAAGAAGAAGAAGGGGGUGGCGGUAGAGGAAACGGCGACGCCGGCAGAGGAGCCGGAGCAAGCUGCAGCGGACGCCGACGGGGAGAAGAAGAAAAAGAAGAAGAGGGAAGCAGCUGCGGAGGAGGAGGUUGUAUUCGACGAGCCGUCGACCAAGAAAAAGAAGAAGAAAGCUGCGGCGGAGGAUGGGGGCGCGCAACCCGCAGAGGAGCCGCCAAAGAAAAAGAAAAAGAAGUCCAAGGAAGACCAAUAGGAGCAGGUCCUAAUGCUUGUUCAGAAUCCUCAUUCUUUGUAUUGACCUCGUGCUCCUUGGAGAUUGUUAUCUAUCAAGCAAACAUGCAUCCGAUAUCCAGUGAUUGCCACUUUCUGAAUACCUUGAAAGUAAGCGUCUGGCUGCAGAUGUCGGUCAUGUUCUGGAUCUGAUUGAGGGGAAAGCGAGCGCAAUCUGACCGGAGCACAAGAAUCCGGAAAACGACAAGCUGGCCCAGAUUCGUUCGUUUCUUGUGUCUUUAUAAUGCGCCUGCGAGCGUAAUGCGAUGGUAUUUUGGCG